ACUUCUUUAACUGUAAUUUGCAUAUAGCUAGAAAAAGAGUGGCAGGCUUUACGGCUUAGAGCACAUUGCUAAAGCGUCGUAUGAAAAUCAUUCCAAUUUCGAGGCAAUGAUUAUGGGUCACUUUUUGAAAGUAUUUUGCAUUCAGACUUGUGUUGUGCUUGUUAAAAGCAACUUUGUUACAUUUGGCCACUUUUAUCAUGUAGCUGAAGGUGAGAAUAUUGACGAAGAGUCGAAGAACAACGAAGUAUUUAUCAAACAAGAGUUUUUUACUUGUAGUAGAGAAGAAACUUGUUCUCGUCUCUUAAAAAGAGAUCAAGGUGCGAAGAGUUUCACUUUUCAUAAAAACAAAGGUGCUGACUGGAACAAAAUUAAACAGCCAUCGGAUUGCAAAGAUCUCUACGACAGUGGUAAGAAAGAAAGUGGCGCCUACCACAUAACCAGACCGAACAAGCAAGUAUUGAAGGUUUACUGUGAUAUGGAAACAGACGGUGGAGGUUGGACUGUGAUUCAGCGCCGUAUUGAUGGCUCAACCGACUUCAACCGUGGCUGGUCUGAUUAUAAGCAUGGCUUUGGCGAUGUUGAGAAAGAAAUGUGGAUCGGGUUAGAGAACAUGCACUCUCUUGCCAGCCCUAGUUCUAACACAACUCUACGCAUAGAGUUGAAGCAUUUGCUUAAAGGUAAUCAAUCGCUUUUUGCCAAAUAUGGUAGCUUUAAGAUUGCUGACGAAAGUGAUGGAUAUCGUAUUAGUCAUUCUGACUACAGUGGAACAGCGGGCGAUGCCUGCAAUAUGGACCCUCCUGCUGUCAGAAUGAAUGGCAUGAGGUUCUUUACAAAGGAUUUUGACAACGACUUUGGUUGUAGUGUUGGUUUUCAGGGUGGAUGGUGGUUCAACAGGUGUCACAGCUGCUAUCUUAAUGGAUUGAUCCCGUAUAAGCCCAGUAAUGAACCAACAUUUAUGUCUUGGAAAAGUAUUGACUUGGAUUGGGGCAACAUCUACUUUUCUGAAAUGAAGCUUAGACGUAACUGAGCGUCCUAAGACCUUUGUGACUCUUUAGAUAACAAGAUUAGUUAUACAGGAUAUAUUAAACCUUUUACUUUAUGUAACCAGCCAAUUAGCAUUUCGUAUUUUGUGAUGGGGUUGUAUGCCAGUUUAUUUCUAAGUUGCUUGUAGCUUAGUUGAGAAUUUGAAUAAGAUUGAAAUCAUGCACUUGAA